ACCAUGACCCGCAUAGCGGGAUGAUGCUAGAAAGAGGUUCGCCGUUGUGGCUACCAUGACUCUUGCGACUUUGGGCGUGAUGCCACCGGAACGCGUCGCUGCCGGUUUUACGCUGCAUCGCUCUGAGACGGUGGCUCACUCUGCCGGACUGUUGGACCGGAAAAAUUCAGCAGCAUCUUCUAGAGCCAGGGGACGUUCAGAAGGCUUUGCCUGCAAGCACAGCGAAAACUUCAAGCCCCUCGGUGCUCCAGUGCCACCUGAACGAGUCUUUGAAAUGCACAAUUCCAUUCUGGCAAAGGUUGCGAAAAUCGAAGCUGCAGUGUCUAGCAACGCCAAUUCGCAGCACCAGGACAAGAAGGAUAGAGACCGAGAAAAGAGAUUGGAACAUCAUAAUUUUCAAAUGUUGAAGUACAAGGAAGUCAUGGACAAAGAGAGGGCUACAUCUCCUGAUGCAAAGGAUGCUGUCAAAGAUGAACAGGCAGGUGCUGAAGAAGCAAGUUUGGAGGCUGAUCGGGAGGAGAUGCUAAGUCUAAGCCGCCUUCCUCAUGCACUCUACGGGAAGGACUUGCCGCGAUGUGGGCAAGUUCAAGAACGACAGGAGAAGGAUGGUUUCAAACAUUUGAAACUUCACAUCAAAGACUCCUUUCGCCGGGUUGAGCAGGUAAAGUCGGAUGCUGAUGCUGCUUUUGAGGCCAGAAAGGAAAACAUGCAGCUCAUGCUGCAAACCCCAAGGCACACCAGACCGGCAUCACCCUGCGAAGAACCCAGCAGUGCAUUUCUGACGUCUGCGGAUUUGCCGCACAGCGCCCGAGAAAAGCGGCAGGCGAAGCGCCGUCCAUCCAAGCAGGUCAGCCUGAAACGUGGUGUGAACUGGCUACCAUCACUGGCCGAAUACUUGGCUGAUCCUGGUGCGACAGUGCUCUUGGACCGUCCUGAACGUGGAGAUGUCGUAAAGCAGACGGAUCAUGGGAAGCACAAAGACAUAAUCAAGGAGAUCGUUGCACAGCUGAUCCCGUUACCAAAAGGUCCACGACCCAACUACGGAAACGUACUGGACGAGGGGAAGGUUGGUGCUGGCAAAGGCCGUUGGCUCUCACGUCGCAAGCUGCUGGAAAAGGACCUAAAUGAUUCUUGGAAGGACAAGGCUUUCUACAAGAGAUGUACGCCUUUCAUUCCCCAGCGAGACGCUGAAGAAUACCGGCGGAUUUACCACAAUGAUGAGCACAAGCUGGCAACCAUCGAGCGUUUCCUCAAGGAUUUGGGCUUCACCGAAGAGUUGAAGGAUCCCAAGGCGCAGACGUCCAUGGAGGUUGCCGCCGGCCUUGCAACCAGCCUUGGAGAUGGAUUGCCAGCUACUGGAGGUGCUGUGCCUGCAGAUCCCUAUCCGGUGCUGCCUGAUAAGAGACGCGGUGACGACGAUGACGGUGGUAAGGGCCUGCAGCGAAACAAUGAGCAACCCAGAGCCCAAGAUCCUGUUGUGCCACUGGCCCGUGCUCGCUUUAAAGCCAUCCGCCAAAAGGCCAUGGCGCAGCUACGUGAGCCGGAGGAUCCAUCAUCGUCUUCCCUGGCUAUCCUCCGGGCAGCAGUCUAUGACUACCAGGCAGAGAGGGAGAAAGCCAGGCAAAAGCUCCAGGACGCUCUGGAGACGCAGGAGAAGUCCCGCAUGGCUUCGGCUGAAAAGCUUCCACCUCUAAGGCUCAAUGAUUCUCGGCCAGGUGCAGCGAUGGAUGAGCCGGCGGACAAUAGACAACACCAUUGGUAUCACUCACUUCUGGAGCAAGUUCGUGCCCAAGGAGAUCUUUCAAGUGUAUCAAAGGCUAUGCACUCAUUGCUCGAUUCAGUCAAGGCAGCGCUGGAUGACACUGGAGAGUUCACUGCUGAUGACUUUUGGGAGACCCUUACAGAGAUCCAAAGCGAGGAUUUUACUCCUGCCGUUGCCUCUUUGCUGGCCUCAAUGAUUCGUGGCAUCAAUGGCCUGAACACUCCAGACCUUCAGCGCGUGUUGCAACAACGGGACGUGGCUUCAGAGGUGCUUGACGUCCUAAGUGGCUCGUAGGGGUAGUUACUUGAGGUCCACUUGGGCCAGCACAUUUGGGAAUAUUUGGGGAAAUUGUGCUAAUUGUUAACGCAAGAUGCGCCCGAAUCUACAGAAUGCCUUUAGCCAGAAUUGCUUUGCGCUUUUGCCACGAGUUUGAC